AUGGCAGGAACAGGACCUUUGUACAUGGGCUUCGACCUUUCCACACAACAGCUCAAAGGUGUUGUCGUGGAUUCACAGCUGAAGCACAAGCAUGAAGCCAAGGUCGACUUUGAUGCUGACUUUGGCGAGAAGUACGGUAUCGAGAAGGGUGUUUUGACAAACCCUUCAGAAGGCGAGAUUUAUGCGCCCGUGGGCAUGUGGCUUGAGGCUGUAGAUUUGGUGCUAUCAAGACUAAGAGAAGAUGGUCUUGACUUCUCGCGAGUGAAAGGUGUGUCUGGAGCGGGCAUGCAGCACGGAACUGUUUUCUGGAGUCAACAAGCCGAGAGCUUACUUUCAAGCCUGGACGCAAACAAGUCACUAGUCGAACAACUGGAGCCCAGUGCACACAAGGAUGAGCGUAAGGGCGCUUUCAGUCACCCAGACAGCCCCAAUUGGCAGGACCACUCAACCCAGAAGCAAUGCGAUCUGUUUGAUGCUGAGCUCGGAAGCCCGGAAACUUUGGCCGACGUGACUGGCAGCAAAGCCCACCAUCGUUUCAGUGGACCUCAAAUCAUGCGAUUCAAGUCCAAGUACCCGGAGCACUACAAGGAGACAUCUCGCAUUUCGCUCGUUUCGUCGUUCCUCGCAUCGGUAUUCCUUGGCAAGUUUGCGCCUAUCGACAUCAGCGAUGUUACUGGUAUGAACUUGUGGCAUAUCAAGGAGGGCAAGUGGAACGAGAAGUUGCUGGCUCUGGCAGCAGGCAGCACAGAGGGCGUUGCUGAGCUCAAACAGAAGCUCGGCCAUGUUCCUGAAGAUGGUGGUGCUAGUUUCGGUCAAAUCAGCAAGUACUUCGUACAGCGCUAUGGAUUUGCUCAGGACUGCAACAUCAUCCCAAUGACAGGAGAUAACCCUGCAACUAUCCUCGCUCUUCCUCUCCAGGCUUCGGAUGCCAUGGUCUCGCUGGGCACAUCAACAACUUUCCUCAUGAGCACACCGCAGUACAAGCCCGAUCCUGCAUACCACUUCAUGAACGACCCUACAACCGCCGGCUUAUAUAUGUUCAUGCUCUGCUACAAGAACGGUGGCCUCGCGCGUGAGCAUGUCCGCGACGCAAUCAACGGUAAUAAGACCGACCGCUCAUGGGACAAAUUCAACGAAGUUGCCCUUGCCACUCCUCCCAUGAACCAAAAGUCUCCCUCCGAGCCCAUGCGCAUGGGUCUCUACUUCCCUCGUCCUGAGAUUGUACCCAACGUCCCCGCCGGCCAAUGGCGCUACGAGUACGACCCAUCCUCCAACAAGCUGAACAAGAUUUCCGCAGAGCAAAGCGUAGAUGCUGAUGCUCGCGGCAUCGUCGAGUCGCAAAUGCUCUCGCUGCGUCUGCGUUCUGCAGCCCUGGUAUCUGGCCACGAGAUUAACGGUGAAAAGCUACCUCCCCAGCCUCGUCGUGUGUACCUCGUUGGCGGUGGCUCUGCUAACCCUGCUAUUGCACGUAUCAUCGGUGACGUCUUGGGAGGAGCCGAGGGCAUUUACAAGCUCGACAUUGGUGGCAACGCAUGCGCUCUGGGAGGUGCCUACAAGGCCGUCUGGGGCUGCGAGCGUCGUGGCAAGCAAACCUUCGAAGAGCUUGUCGGCGAGCGAUGGAACGAGGACGCCUUUGUCAAGAAGGUCGCCGAUGGCUACCGCAAGGGCGUGUUCGAAAAGUACGGUGAAGCACUCAGGGGUUUCGACGCCAUGGAAAGGGAGAUCGUCAAGGCCACUUCGGAAGGUGCAAGGGACAACGCAGAUGUCUUCAUGGAGCCCAAGAACUAA